UCGUGUUCUGAGCCUGUAUAAUACAAGUCACCGUAAUUCCUUAAUAUUCGAUGCCUUGUUUGAAAAAUGAAACCAAAAUAUGCUUGAGCAAUCAGUUAUUUUUCAGACAGUUAGGGAGUCAUUUUGAAUGAGCAGAUGAACUAAAGUUGAGGACAGCGCUUUCAGUUUGCUGAAUUACUUUGUGGAAUCCAUGAGGAUGGUUACCAGAUGUCAACUGCUCAACAGGCUUCAUUUAAUUUCAAGACUUUCUUUUUAAACUGUCUUCUAACUUUUUAAACUAUGUCCUACUCACGAGUACGUCGUCGAUUGCCAGUGGUAACAUUUAUCGCAUUGAUUUUUCUACUUUCACUUUUCACUUUGAUGUACAAACUAUAUUCCCCAAUACUAGUUUCAAACGCUAAUAUGAAAUCAACAGCGAGAUUGAAAGACUCGUUUACGGCAGCAACCCUGUUAUCAAGUAAUUGCACGAGGAUGCCUGUGUGGACGAAAGGUGAAUACAAAUUCUUUGAUGACAGAUACUCUAACAUUUCUACUAUAUGGUCCAGCAAACAUAAAGAAAUGACACCUGAAGCAUUACAAUGGUGGUUGAGAAUACAGCAAUCAAAAGAUACAUUUAGUACGUCUGAUUUAAGGAACUUAGUGGGCAAGCUUCUAGAGAUAAUACCGGACGUGAUGCCAUAUGCAACAAAUGUCAGUAAUAGGUGUUUACAAUGUGCUGUUGUGGGAAAUUCUGGUAAUCUACGUGACAGCCGGUAUGGUCAACUGAUUGACAGUCAUGACUACAUUAUGAGAAUGAAUACUGCGAAAACAGUAGGUUUUGAAAAAGAUGUGGGAAGUAGAACGACUCAUCAUUUUAUGUACCCAGAAAGCUUUGUUGAAGUGAUUGGAGAAACUAAAUUUGUUUUGAUUCCAUUCAAGCCAUUGGAUGUAUCAUGGCUGAUCAGUGCACUUACCACAGGAACAAUCGUCAGAACAUACAUGCCAGUGAGGAAACAGAUUAAUGUGAGCAAGAAAAUGAUUGAAGUUUACAAUCCAGCUUUCAUGUAUUAUGUGCACAAAACAUGGAAUGAAUUACAUGGUCGAUAUCCGUCCACAGGAAUGCUGGUAUUAUUAUUUGCAAUGCACAUCUGUGAUCAAGUUAAUGUCUUCGGUUUUGGUGCAACUAGUAAAGGUAACUGGGAUCACUAUUAUCAACCACCAGUGGAACCAUCCCUUGAGAAAGACAGCGCCUUUAAAUUGACUGGUGUACACAAUGCUGAAUUCGAGACUGAUAUUGUUAAACAAUUGGAAGAAAUUGGAAAAAUAACUGUGUACCGGGGUUCCAGAGUGUAAUCUUUAAAGCAUUCAUAGAAAUACGCUGACUCCAGCCACCGACACAGUAUACAGAGGUUCCCAGGCAUAACCUUAUAGGCAGUCAGAGGAACUCUAGCCACCAACACAGGAUACGGGGAUCCUAGUGUAACAUUAAAGCGUUUAAAACUAUGAGCUCAUUUAAGCCACCAACACAAUACUUGUGAGAUCACACCACUAAGACUAGGGCUCUGUGGACAGAGACACCAUGAACACAUUCAAACUAUGGCAAUUUUCGGAAUAUAUCAAAGGACAGUAUUCCCAAUAUUUAUGCUGUGUAAACCUUUACAUUUGGCUGAAAAACAAAUACCCUCACUACCGAUACAUCAAUUUAAAAGUACCGGUAUAUCUAUACUUAGUGCCAGUAUUUAGUCUUGCACAAUAAGUUGACAAGCGUCUUCAAUUUACAUUUUAUAAGUUAGAAUAAUUUUUUUAAAAAUAUUUAUGACUUUACAUGUUCAAAAAUCAAGUACAAAUGAGCUAAAAGUGUAUGUGUAUGUUUAGAGAUUUAAAUUUGACAUGCAUAAUGGCAAUAAACAUAUAGUGUAAUUU